AAUCGACAAUAACUGUUGGUGAAGUGCACUGAGCUGAGCUGAGCCUGAGCAAUGGGGGAUUUUAGGAAGAGUCAUGCAGGAGGGGGAUAUGGAUCUGAAUUUGAAUAUGACAGUGAAACUGAAAGAAGAAAAAGAUCUCGACAGGAUCUAGCCACCAAACCUGGUCAGAGUACAGUAACAGGUGGACUCCCAUCAAAGCGUCUAGCAGCAUCAGAAUACGACAGAGAAGAAAGUAAAAACCAGCGGUUCCAUUUCCUUGCCUUAGAUGCCUACAAUCGUCAUAAGCAGCUAGUGAAUGAUUACUUGUUAUAUUAUCCAGGGGCCACCAAAGAUCUGUUCCAGAGAGACACGUCGAAGGACAAAACUGAUUUGGACGUGAUUAGAGAGAACCAUCGUUUUAUAUGGGAUGCCGAGGAUGAGGAGCAAGAAAACUCCUGGGGAAAGAGGCUAGCCAAGAAGUACUGGGAUAAGCUGUUUAAAGAGUAUUGCAUUGCUGAUUUGAGUCGAUAUAAAGAAAAUAAGAUUGCGAUGAGAUGGCGAGUGGAGAAGGAGGUAGUAGGGGGCAAAGGUCACUUCACAUGUGGCAAUAAGAAAUGUAACGAGCAGGAAGGAUUAAGAACGUGGGAAGUGAACUUUGCUUACAUGGAACAUGGAGAGAAGAAAAAUGCACUUGUGAAACUAAGACUGUGUGAGGCUUGCUCUUACAAGCUCAACUACCACAAGACAUGCAAGGAGGUCACCAAAAGGUCAUCAAGCUCCAAGCAUAGCAAAGACAGAGAUUCAAAUUCGCCUUCUCCUAAGAGACAUAAAAGCAAACUCAAGGACAAACACAAGAACAGACAUAAGGACAAAUAUAAGGACAAAUAUGAGGAAAGUAAGCAUGAGAAACAUAGAAGUAAACACCAGAAGGAAAGGAGGAAGAGGAGAUCAGAGUCUGAUGAAAGCUCAAGUGAUGAUGAACUUGAUAAACAGAAAAGGACAAAACACAGCUCUAAAGAUGAUACUGACAGAAGUAAUGUAUCUGAGAGUGAGUUCUGGACUGGCCCUGCUCCUGUAACAGAAGAUAAAUCGAGAGAUGACGAGUUUGAUGACUACCUCAAGGACGUGUUCUUAUGAGCGUUUUCUACGGUGUAAACACUUUAUUCACACGAAUGUAUAUUAAACUCCAUAAUUAAUAGUUUGAUGGGUUUGGAGUGUUUUCUACAGUGUAAACACCUUACACAUCUGAAUGUCUACUCAACUCCAUAAUGGUGACGGGUGAAGAACGUUUUCUACAGUGUGAACACCUUAUACAUAUGAAUGUCGCUUCAACUCCAUAAUGGUUAGUGACGGGUGAGGAACGUUUUCUACAGUGUGAACACCUUAUACACAUGAUUGUUGAUUCAACUCCAUGAUGGUUAGACUGAUGUGUUAGGAGCAUUUUUCUAAGGUGUGAAUACCUUGAACACAUGAAUGUCGACUCAAAUUGAUGAUGGUUAGACGGAUGGGCUAGGAGCGUUCUGUAUAGUGUGAACACUUUACAGGAUGGGUUAGGGGCGUUCUGUGAAGUGUGAACACUUUAUUCACAUGAAUGUCUAUUCAACUCCAUAAUGGUUAGACAGAUGGGUUACGAGCGUUUUCUACAGUGUAAACACCUUAUACACAUGAAUGUCUAUUCAACUCCAUGAUGGUUUGACUGAUGGGUUAGGAGCAUUUUGUAGUGUGAAUGCCUGACAUGAGGAUACGAAGCGCUGCUAUUAUUACCCUGGCUUUAGCUGCGCUGCCCAUUUAGGCACUCAAGCAUUCAAGGAAUUUCUUCCUACCAGGUACCCAUUUAUCUAACCUGGGUCGAGUGCAGCACAAUGUGGGUAAUUUCUUGCUGAAGGAAAACACGCCAUGGCUGGAAAUCAAAGUCAUCACCCAUGGCCAACCCCCCCCCAAAAAAAAAAAAAAAAAAACAUUGGGAUCUUUCUCAACAACUGCACUAAAUGUAGCGUUAUGAAUAUAUUCAAAUCUCUGUAAACCCUUCUUCAAACCAUGAAUGUAGGCCAGAGUUGUAUGUAAGUGGGCUUCAGAUUUUAGCUUUCUACCAGAGAAUGCACAUUUUAUCUUUAUUCUCUGAGGAUGUGGCAUCUGAGCUUCAACUAGCGUUAAAUCAAUUUUGUAAGAAAAUAUCUGAAAUUAUUUGAAUUGUAAGAGAAUAUAAAUAUAUUUCAAUAAAAAUUAUCAUGAUUGUAUGCAGUCAUUCUAGUGUCUCUCAGAUGUGUGUGUGUUGUAAUUAAACUGGCAAAGCACACAUAUUCUGCAACCAGUACUUGACACGGUUCCAUGACAUUUGCUCCAGUGACAAUUGCUCCGAUGGAAUAUAUGCACGUCAAGCCAAACAUAAAAUCUAACAGACACUUUUCCCUAAUCAUUAUUUUACAUUAAUCAAAUUGACUGGGGAAAGAAAUAAUUCUUUGCCAAUGACUGGAAGUGAAGUGAUAUAUUUGAUUUUUGUUAUGUCUCAGUUUAGGUUGAUGUACAAACUGAUUUACAAAACCUCUUACAAAGAGGUUUUAAGGCAUAGUUCACAAUGGAAAACAAAUUGAAUUGUGCAGCUUCUCAUUUGUAAAGAAGUUGAUAAUACUAGUACCUUGUUGCCUUUGAUGGCGAUGUGUGAAGCCCAGUGCCGGCCACACAGAAACGUUUGCGCCAACAGAGCUUUACAGUAGGCCCAGUCACAUUUUCUGGAUUGUGAUGUCAAACAUUUAUCCAAGAUGUAAAAAACACAUUGUCAUAUGAGGCAUCGCUGCGACAUUACCGGAUGUAACCGGUACAGAUCUUUCCUAAAUUUCCUCUCUUAUUUUUUUCAUUAGAAAAUAAUUGGGGGGGGAGCAGCCGUUUUUUGUGUAAUUAUCAUUACAUUACAAAAGCACAUUUCCCUUUGUAAUUGACAGUAGUCUGUAGCUAUGCAGGAAUAUCUUGUCUGCAAUCUGCAUGAAAAAAAAAAAAUUUAAACGGUGGACAAGAACACUGAACAUGCUUUAAAAAUUAAAAGAACAUAUUGAAGUUUUUCUGUUCAAGGUUUAAUGUACAUACCUUACAUAAAUACAUACGAGAAGGUGAAUCUUUUUAAAAUGAUUUUAUAUUAUUUACACAGAACAUUUUAUUUUGGCAGAAUACAACCUGCACCAUUGUGUUUCAUAAAGGAACAAGUUAGCUUGAGUGACAACAGAAAAAUCAAAGAAACAAAUCAAUGAAGGUUUGAGAAAAACUGAACAAAGGAAUAUGAAAGUUGUGAACAUUUCAAUGUUGAGUUCAGUAAUAAUGAGGACAUCUUCCCAUUGGCAAUGCGACCAACCAAAAUGUGUGAUGUCAGUCACACUUGUACAACUCCCCAAUUACUCUUCUAUAUAUUUCAUUAAAAUUCUCACUUUAUCAAGUCUAUCCAUAGAUCAGGUGUGUUUUUUUCAGGGGAGGUCAUGUAAUAGAGGUUUCAUAAAAUUUAUCAUGGACAAAGAGUUUGUAAUAUCAUUAGAAAUUAGAAAAAUAAAUGUUUUGGGGUAUUAUUUCAGUGUAAAAAAGGGAGAGUUGUACUUCUGUGACAUCAAAAAACUUGGUCAUGUUGCCAAUUGGAGGAUCUCAUUAGUAUAAGUGAUUUCGAAAUUAAAAUGCUCAUAACUCAUAAAUUAGCAAAAUUAAAUUAGUAUUAACUUUCAAUUAUGCUGAGAACAUGAAGAGUUGUGAAUUUGCAGAUCGUACUUAAAAUGUCUCCUAAAACAUAUGCAUGUUACGAAGUGACAUCUUUGUUUUAAAAGGGGAAGUUUACCCCAAUAAAAAGUU